AUGAAGCCCACCACGGCGCUAUCCCACUCUUCCUCCUCCACCGUCGGCAUGGAAUCGGAGGAAGUCCACGCAGGAGAGAGCAAGAGAACCGACCUCGCAUCCACGUCCACACCCGGCGCCGACGUAAAACAUGAUCCCUCUCUCCCGUCAACGGCAACCGGCCAACCAGACAUCGACCUGGAAAAGGUUCACCCAGCCAGCCCCAGAGAUUCCAACGUCUCUCUUCCUUCGAAAAAGGAAAAGGGCGACCUGGAAUCCGAUGCCACGAGCAUUCGAAGCGGCGCGGAAGCCCCCGUCCCGACUGGCCCUCCGCCCAUGGACUUUCCGGAUGGCGGUACCGAGGCCUGGCUGGUCGUCCUCGGCGGCUGGUGUUCGCUCUUUUGCACCUUUGGCCUGGUCAACUGCAUCGGCGUGUUCCAGGACUGGAUUCUCUCCAUCCAAGUAUGGCUGAUGACGUUUCCCGCUUUCAUUUUUGGCCGCAUCUUCGACGCCUACGGCCCCCGGUGGCUUCUCAUCGGCGGCACAAUCACCUACAUCUUCGGCCUCAUGAUGACCUCCCUCUCCACCAAAUACUACCAGCUCAUCCUCGCCCAAGGCAUCGUCGCCUCCAUCGGCUCCAGCGCCAUCUUCAACGCCACCUUAUCCAGCGUCGUCGGCUGGUUCCUCAAACGCCGCGCCACCGCCCUCGGCAUCACCGUCUCCGGCUCCUCCGUCGGCGGCGUCGUCGGCCCCAUCAUGCUCCGCCGCCUCAUCAACAGCAUCGGCUUUCCCUGGGCCGUGCGCUCCCUGGCGUUCCUCUACCUCGGUCUCCUCGCCGUCGCCUGCGCCACCGUCCGCUCCCGGCUGCCGCAUAGGAGGGCCCCCUUUGUCCUCAAGGAAUACCUCGCCGGGCUGAGGGAACCCGUCUUCGCCGUCACCUGCGCCGGCUUCUUCAUGUUCGCGUGGGGCAUGUUCUUGCCCUUUACCUACAUCAUCUUGCAGGCGCAAGAACAAGGCAUGGACCCGAGCCUGACCAUGUAUCUGCUUCCCAUCAUGAACGCCCUGAGCAUCCUAGGCCGUAUCCUCCCCGGUUUCGCCGCCGACAAAUUCGGCCGCUUCAACAUCAUGAUCAUCGUCGGCUUCCUCACCGCCCUCUUCACCCUCGUCCUCUGGAUCCCCGGCAAGUCCAGCGCCGCCAUCAUCGUAUACAUGGUCAUCUUCGGCUUCACCUCGGGCGGCUUCAUCAGUCUCAGCGCGCCCCUCAUCGCCCAAAUCUGCGAUAUCCGCCAGAUCGGCACCCGCACCGGCGCCGCCUUUGCCCUCCAGUCCUUUGGCGGCCUCACCGGCUCCCCCAUCGCCGGGGCCAUCGUCUCCGCGCAGGGCGGCGACUAUCUCGGCCUGCAGCUCUUUUGCGGCUUCACCAUGAUGGCUGCCGUGGGCUUCUUCAUCCUGGCGAGGUACAUGCAGGUCGGCUUCAAGCUCAAGGUCGUAUAA